UUUUGUACAUAUCAAAAACCUUUUACAAGAAAGUUUAUUAAUUUAUUAAAAUAUUAUGAAUCUCAAGAUAUAGAUUUUAUUUUUUAACUCAAUUAAAUUUCACACUCUGUUUCUCCCGCGAUUACAGAUCUGAGUUUUAGGGUUUCGUGAAUUUUGGGAAAGAUGUUUUGGCGUAUGGCGGGGCUCUCCACAGCAUCUCCGGUGGAGGCGAUUUUAGACAAGGAAAACUUUACACUCGAGGAGCUUCUUGAUGAGGACGAAAUUAUUCAGGAGUGCAAAGCUCUAAAUGGACGCCUUAUCAAUUUUUUGAGGGAAAGGGCUCAGGUAGAGCAACUUAUUCGCUACAUUGUGGAAGAAGCACCCGAGGAUGCUGAAAAGAGGCGGACAUUCAAGUUUCCUUUUAUCGCUUGUGAAAUAUUUACUUGUGAGGUCGAUAUAAUACUGAAAACGCUGGUAGAGGACGAGGAGUUGAUGAAUUUGUUGUUCUCAUUUUUGGAACCAAGGCAAACCCAUAGUACACUGUUAGCUGGGUAUUUUAGCAAGGUUGUCAUUUGUCUGUUAUUGCGGAAAACAAUUCCCUUUAUGCACUAUAUUAAGGCACAUCAGCAUAUUCUUAGGCAGCUAGUUGACUUGAUUGGCAUUACAUCUAUCAUGGAGGUGUUAAUACGUAUGAUUGGUGCCGACGAACACAUGUAUACCAGCUAUAUGGACGCAAUGCAGUGGAUAGAAGAAUCAGAUGUGCUGGAAAUGAUUGUGGACAAGUUCAGCUCUUCUGACUUGCCAGAGGUGCAUGCUAAUACAGCUGAAACACUUUGUGCCAUAACCCGUUUUGCUCCUCCCGGUCUUGCUGCUAAAAUAUCCAGUCCAAAUUUUAUUGGAAGAUUGUUCCGCCAUGCUUUGGAAGAAUCACGGCCAAAAUCUGUUCUUGUUAACUCAUUGUCUAUAUGUAUAUCUUUGUUAGACCCUAAAAGGCUAACUUUAGGUACAUAUCAUACAUUUAACCGGCAGCUUAACCAUGGGUCUACUAUAACUGCCAGUCCUGAGACAGUUGAAGGCAUGCUGGACAGCUUAGGUAAUCUGCUCAAGCUUUUGGAAUAUUCUUCUACAGAAAGCAUCUUGUUGACUACAUAUGGAAAAUUACAGCCACCUCUUGGAAAGCAUCGCUUAAAGAUUGUAGAGUUUAUCUCAGUUUUACUGUCAAUUGGAAGUGAAGCUGCUGAGAAGGAAUUGAUUCGAUUUGGAGCAGUACAAAGAAUCUUAGAUUUGUUUUUUGAGUAUCCGUACAACAAUUUUUUGCAUCACCAUGCAGAAAGCAUAAUAUUUUCAUGUUUGGAGAGCAAGAAUUCUAUUCUUAUUCAGCAUCUUCUUCGUGAAUGUAAUCUUGUUGCAAAAAUACUUGAAGCAGAAAAGAAUUCUACACUGUUGGCGGACACAGGCAAGCCAACGCUCCCGGCAGAUGCCAAACCCGCACCGAAGAUUGGAAACAUUGGACACUUGACUCGUAUUUCCAAUAAACUUGUUCAGUUGGGGAAUAAUAGCAGUGAUAUUCAAGCUUGCCUGCAGGAAAACAAUGAAUGGAGUGAUUGGCAUACAAAUGUCUUAACUAAACGUAAUGCGCUUGAAAAUGUCUACCAGUGGGCCUGCGGGAGGCCUACUGCUCUACAUGACCGGAGAGAUAGUGAUGACGAUGAUUAUCAAGAUAGAGAUUAUGAUGUGGCUGCCCUAGCAAAUAAUUUAAGCCAGGCAUUUAGAUAUGGAAUUUAUAACAAUGAUGACAUUGAUGAGGGUCAUGGUUCGCUAGAAAGAGACGAUGAGGAUGUCUACUUUGAUGAUGAAUCUGCUGAAGUCGUCAUUUCUUCUCUGCGUUUGGGAGAUGACCAGGAGAGCGGCUCCCUUUUCACAAACUCCAACUGGUUUGCUUUUGAGGAUGAUAGAGUUGCCAACGAACGGUCUGCCGGAGCACUUGCUUCUUCUUCACCUAAUAAUGAAGAAACUGGCUUUGUUGAUGAUGCAGGCAAUGAUGAGGUUAUAGUUGGAGAAGAUGAUGACUUGGAUGACACUGCAACUUCUCCAGUCCCUGAAACAAAUUUAUUAGAUGACACGUCAGGGAACAAUUUGUCUAAAGACUCGAAAGAAUCUAGUGGAAAUGAAAAACCACCUGCAUGGGUUGAAUGGAGAGAGACACCAGAUGCCAAUGACCCAUCGACUCCGGAUGCACCUCUUGUGCCAAAUGGCGAGCUUCAGGUGGAUUCUGAGAAUCAUGGUGCUGAUGGUGAUUCAGAUGCUGCUGUGCCUGCUGUAACUUCACCAGAGGCAUCAGUAGAUGGCAACAAUGAAGUCAAAGAAUUGCCAAAUGUAUUAGAUGACAACCCUAGCACCAACCCUUCUGCAGUGUCAGAUUCCGCUAACGAAAAUCCGGCCACCAACCCUACUGCAGUGUCAGAUUCCGCCGAUGACAAUUCGGCCACCAACCUUUCUGCAGUGUCAGAUUCCGGCGAUGACAAUUCGGUCACCAACCUUUCUGCAGUGUUAGAUUCCGGUGAUGGUAACCCGGACACCAACCCUCCUGCAGUGUCAGAUUCCGGUGAUGAAAACCCGGCCACCAACCUUUCUGCAGUGUCAGAUUCCGGUGAUGAAAACCCGGCCACCAACUCUCCAGCAGUGUUAGAUUCCGGUAAUGAAAACCCUAGUUCAGACCAUAGUGCUAGUGCUCCCAAUGAUGCCAAGACAACUGUAGAAGCUGAAGAAACCCCCGAGACCGACAAAGAUGAAAAAAAGGAUGAUGCUAUACAAGCAGAGAACUAGUGUAAAUUGUUGAGAUUCGGUUUAAUUGGGCUAACUAAUAUUCUGCAACAUUGAUCAGGUGGGAAGAUGAAUACGGAGCGUAAAGGUGGGACUAGGUGAGUGUAUUUUAGAGCCUUGUGUAUAUCAUCAUCAAUGGGCAAUGUUAUUUAGUAGGUUCAAUUCUUUUUCCCCACUUGCAGAAGCUUGAGCUCACUCUCUUUUCCUCUUUCAAUGGAUAAGGGGAUUUGAUUAGUAUUCUGAUGCUUUAUUAAUUAUUUAGCGUCUAGUUUCUAUUUAGUUGAUUUAGAAACUGAGUACAUUGUUUCUUUUUUCCUUGUCUCGCACGAGAACCUGUCUAUAUCAUACAAUUGUUCCUUUACCCAUUAAUGUCAAAGUGUUUAUUAUAGAAA